AUGCCAUGCGACUCGCGGCCAAUGUACGGUCAGUUACGCAUCACGGUCUCUCUUCAGCUCGUUGGGCUUUCCACAAAGGCCGAACCUGUGUUGGCAACUGGUGUGGCGGGCAGAGUUCAUCGAGCUUUGCUUCUCUAUCCGGUCCCGUGUCAUCACUUGCUUGCAUGGGUACCGCAUGGCGAGAAGCCUCAACUGGUUCGGUGUGAAAAGAACACCCUGAUGAACAUCUGCGGAGCAACUAGACGCUCAUCAUGGAGACCAAUUGAUGCACUCCAGAGUGCCUGCAGAGCGAGACAGUCCCUCGGUAACACGACUUCGUCCGUCCUUCUGCAUCCAUCCAAGCUUCAGGCAGCGUGCGUCUCGUCGCGUGGAGUGACUACCUGGAAAAGAAACUUGACGAUUCCCAAAAUCUUUCCCACCAUCGCUUCACCCCCGCCGGCUUGGGAUGGACAAGGACUUCUGGGCUGGGCUGAACUUUCUCUGAUAACGUUGGGGAGACACCUAGGCCGAAGACGGAAGGUCAAUGUUAUUGCGCUGACCUCCGCUCCGCCUGUCGAGAACUCGCGUGCCUUGCGCAAUGUUGUGGGUUAUUGGUUCCUGAACUCGGAAUCGCAGAAGAGAGCCAAUAUUCCCAGCGAUAAGAAGGCCUUCGAUAUUACGGAUGUCGCCGAGGAGCGGCCCUACAGCUGGGGUUUUGCUGUGCCUAGUCGAUGCAGCAGUAUGGCGCAGCGAGAGCUUGGAAGUAGAUAUCAAAUGUGUACUCUAGAGGAUAAGAGGGCGGGCAACCGGCGGGAAUGUGGGGGAGGUCCGGAGAUGCCAGCGGAAGUCCCGACUUAUCGGGAUCGCCCGAUGCAAUAUUUGGCCAUACUCCAUCGAACCCAAUCCACAAUUCUGCUUUGGAAACUGUCGCAUGAAGCCGCCCGCUCUAGUGACAAGAAAGACGGUGUGAACAGACAACGUAUCAAUGACAGACCAGGGAAGCUCAGAUUCAUAACCACAUACGACAGAGGAAGUCUCAAAGUGAUAUCUGACCCUAAUUCUUCCUACUCUUGCGCACUUCAUGCUCGUCUAACCGCUGUUGCACUGCACUCUUCCAUCGCCAUUCACCUAAAGGCUCGAGCACGAAGAGCACGAGAAGCACGUGCUAUCCUUCGCUCCCGCAUCACGACACCGUCUAUUGAAGUCGGGCGGUGUAAAUUCCAGUGGGGUUUUCUUGAGACUGCGCCCUGGCCUCUGGGCGCCUACCGGCUUGGCAGUGAUGAUGAUGACUGCAGCCUGCAAGGGACUAGCCUGAUUGGGGAAAAGAUUGGUCAGGUGGUUUCGCCAGCAGUCAAAAUGGUAUCAACCAUCGUGAGCCCCCAUGCCACACUUGAGAAUGCGACAUCGCGGCGGCCGCUCACCACCUGUCCGGAGAUCAAUUUUGGACAGAGUGAAAGUCCAUUUGAAUGGGUAUUUGUUAAUACAAGGCUUCACUGGAAGCCUAAUAGCUGA